AUUAUUCACAAUCUUCACAAGUUUCUCGUCUCCAAAAACACAGCACAAAAAGCCAAAAUCAAUGGCAGCAAAACCAUCACCAAACUCCACCAACAACGAAGACGACUACUCCCCUUCAUCAACCCUAAUCCACUUCGACCACCCUCUCCCACUCCUCCGUCGGCCCAUUCCCGCCGGCCCAACCGACGACCCAAACCUCGGCCCAUACGUCUUAGCAUUCACAAGCCCACAAUCCUUCUUCUCUUCCCUAAAAUCCUGCGAAUCGAAGCUUCUAGAACAAUGCGAAGCCGGGGUACGAAUCGGGUGUUCCAUAUCCGCAUCCAACAAAUGUAGACCUCCAUGGUGGAAAACACUUUUUGGGUCAAUUGAUUUCAAAGAAAGAAGUGAGUGUGAGGAGAGAGAAAUGGGUGUUUGUCUUCAAAAUUCCAAGGAAAAAUGUGGGGAAUUUGCCAAGGAGAAGUGUUUGGGCCCGUUUAAGUGGGCCCGGGUUGCUUGUAGAGAGAGAAAGUUGAGAAAAGAGGAAGUGGGUCGGUUGAUUUCAUUGGUUUCAGGUUUGGGUUUUUUGAAUGGGAAUUUAGGGUUUGGGUUUGAAUUGUUGGUUGGUAAUCAAUUGGAUGGGUUGAAUUUGAGAUAUGAAGUGACUAAUUUUAGAGGGUGUGAGUUAUUGAAUGAUGACAUUGAACAUCAACCUAAUUGAUGUGAAGAAAAGAUUGUUUUUUGAAUGUGAUAUUCUUUAUGUUAUUGGGACGUCGAAUCGAUUGGUGGAGAAGGUUAAUGUGAGCUGAAUUCGAGCUAUGAAGUGAUCAACUCAAUUGGUUUUGUAGAAUGUGGAUUACUUUGAGUUAUUGAAUGUGAUAUUCUGUUACGUGAUAUUAGGGAUUAAUAUUAUCUUUUAGAUACUAUCUUAUCUUUUGUAGGGAAGUUAUUAUCUUUGUUAUCUUUGUUAGGAUUUCCCUUGAUUCUCUCCUCCUUGGAAGGAUCCCUUUGUAUAUUUAUCACGUAUCAAUGAAUGAGAAACCCAAGCUUUUGAGUGCUCAUUAUACUUUGUCAUGGUAUCAAGAGCAGGUUUAAAACCUUUCUAAAAAUCAUCAAAAAAAAAAAAAAAAAAAAAAAAAUUUCGCCAUGGCCGGCGAUGCACAACCCCCUCCUCCGACUCAAAAAAUUGAUCACCUGUCGCCCUUCUUCCUCGGACCUCAGGAUCGCCCAGGCGAUUUCAUUACUCCCACACGCCUCACCCAUGAUAAUUAUGCGGAUUGGGCCGCCGACAUCCAGCUUGCGUUAAUGGCGCGCCGUAAGUACGGGUUUGUGGAUGGGUCUAUUUCUUCCCCAACGCCUCCUUGCACGGAAUCCGACUGGCUCACAAUCAAUGCCAUGCUCAUCUCUUGGAUCACCAACACUAUUACUCCGGAGGUAAAAAGUACUCUUACCAAAUUUCGUGAGGUUAGUCGUUUAUGGACACAUUUAAAACAGCGUUUUUCCAUUGUUAAUGGCCCUCGUAUUCAUCAAAUUAAAUCUUCCAUAGCCCGUUGUGAACAAACCAAAUCUAUGCCUAUUUCUACGUAUUAUGGUAAAUUAAAUUCAUUGUGGGAAGAAC